GUCUCUGACGCUGGGACAGGUUCGCUUAGGCGAGCAGCGCUGAGGCUGUGGUCUUGCAGUCGCUAUGAGCUGCACCAUCGAGAAGAUCCUGACCGACGCCAAGACGCUGCUGGAGAGGCUGCGGGAGCACGAUGCGGCCGCGGAGUCGCUGGUGGAUCAGUCGGCGGCGCUGCACCGGCGGGUGGCCGCUAUGCGGGAGGCGGGGACGGCGCUUCCGGACCAGUAUCAAGAGGAUGCAUCCGACAUAAAGGACAUGUCCAAAUACAAACCUCACAUUCUGCUGUCCCAAGAGAACACGCAGAUUAGAGACUUGCAGCAGGAAAACAGAGAACUGUGGGUUUCCUUGGAGGAACACCAGGAUGCUUUGGAACUCAUCAUGAGCAAAUACCGGAAGCAGAUGCUACAAUUAAUGGUUGCUAAAAAAGCAGUGGAUGCUGAACCAGUCCUGAAAGCUCACCAGACUCACUCGGCAGAAAUUGAGAGUCAGAUUGACAGAAUCUGUGAAAUGGGAGAAGUAAUGAGGAAAGCAGUUCAGGUGGAUGAUGACCAAUUUUGUAAGAUUCAGGAAAAACUAGCCCAAUUAGAGCUUGAAAAUAAGGAACUUCGGGAAUUACUGUCCAUCAGCAGUGAGUCACUUCAGGUCAGAAAGGAAAACUCAAUGGACACUGCUUCCCCAGCCAUCAAAUAACUUCAGCUUCUGAACGACAGCUGGAGAUGGUUUAUCAAGGAAGGAAGUUACUAUCUUUCUACUUGAGUAUUGUCCUUUCAGUGUCUUGCCUCGGACUUGAUUUAAUAAUGUUGAUUAAAGGAAUCGGAUGACAGUUUAGAAUUGGCAGCCAAAAUUGGCUGUCCACAUAACAGUUUUGGGGUGUGUUCGUGAAAAUCCUCACUGAAUUUCACCAUUCCUUUCUCUAAGAGACUACUUUUAAUUUUCAUAUCUGGGACCUUGAUUUAUAUAAACUAUGUUUUUGGUUCAUUUUUGUUUUUUUCACAUCUCUGAAACUUUGAGCAUUGUAUCAAAAGGCAGCGAUUUUAUUUUAUAUAGGAUUAUAAAUGGCAAUUAUGAAAAAAGUUAAAAAGAGAUGAGCUUUUUAAAUCUAUUUGGCAUAAAUCUGGAUUAUUUCCCAUUUGAGAAAAAUACAAUAAUUCCACAGAACUAGAUUGGCAAAUUCUCUGAUUUGUAAUGUCAUUCACAUUCUAUGAAGUUUUAAGUCUCUCUGGUGCUAAGAGUUGGCACUUCAUGGCCUUGUGUCUUCACUCUUAAUUUGAGAGAACCUACUGCUAGUCUCCAGGAAACAUACUUGAAAAUAAGUCAGCUUUUUUUCCAGUAGUAAUAUAGUCAUUGUGUGUUCAAAGAAUGCUGAGAAGUUUGUCCUGUGCACGUGGACACACAUAUGCACACUUAGCUCAAAUGCUAAAAGUAGCUUUCAGUUAUUCCAUUAGAUAUUAGUAAUCAAUUUUUCAUUUUUUUCCUCCUACAGUAGUUUACCUGGUGCCCUGGUCGGCAAACCGUGGCUUGCAAGCCACAUGUGGCUCUUUGGCCCCUUGAGUGUGGCUCUGCCACAAAAUACCACGUGUGGGCACGCACGUACAGUGCGAUUGAAACUUCAUGGUCCAUGUGCAGAAGUCGGUAUUUUGUGGAAGAGCCACACUCAAGAGGCCAAAGAGCCACAUGAGCCUGGCGAGCGACGGUUUGCUGAGCCGCAGCUUGCCGACCACUGACCUAGUGUGAAGAGCAUAUAAUAGGUUUAUUCACAUCAUAGUUCUUAGGUACUACAUUCUACUGUUUAUAUAUAACUUAUCUUUUAAGAACCAUCACUUACUUGGAUAUCUUUCAUUAUUAGUACCAAUAGUUGACUUCUUUUUAGAUCCAUUUCCACAAGGAAACAGUUUCACCACCUAACAAGAGUCAUUACAUUCACAUGUCUUUUAGACAACCAAGCAAUGUUGAGAUUCAAAUGCUGAGUAGUCAACUAGGCUCAUUCAUCAAUUCAUUCCUCCAUCUCAGUUUACUCACAUUACUUCAUGUUAUACUAUCAAUUUAGGUUUAUCCCCAAAUAACUGAAAUAAAUGCUAAACCUGUCAAUAUUUCCUAAUAACAUUAAGCAUCAUAGUGCAUCGGAAAGGCACAGUAUUAAAAAAUGUUUUAUGUUAA